UGUAUGCACUUAUUCAUAGCAACUUUCCUUACGGGUUUUUAUAAUACUCUGCAGACCCUAUUUCAAUGUGACUUUGAAAAUGGUGCUUGUGGUUUGUCUACUGGAACUUCUUGGAUAGUUAAUCAAUAUGCAGCAGGUCAUGCUGAUACAGGUCCUUCUUACGCUGCAAAUGGUAAUUAUUAUAUUUAUUAUGAAAAGAUAUAUGGAGGAAAUCCUACACUUAGCUACACUCAAACAACUCCAACACCAAGCAAUCAUGUUAUACUCUCAUUUAAUCUUCAUGCAUAUGGUGUAAAUAUUUUUCAAUUUGUAAUCUCUUUCAAUGAUGAUAGUGGUUUUCAAAUUGAUGAUCCUUAUGUUAUGUAUGGUCAAUUGCAGAGGAGCAGUUUUGAUCCAUUUAAGCCUAUUGUAAUCACAAAAAAUCUUUCAAGAGCCUUCCAUACCUUGGAGUUUACUGUUGUUUCUUCUGCUGGAGUUUAUUCUGCUGUUGCAAUUGAUGAUAUUGUUUUGUCUGCAGUUGUGUUAGCAAAUAAUUCUUGGACAACAUGGAGUAGCUAUAGUGAUUGUUCUGUAUCUUGCGGUUCUGGUACUAGUUCUCGAAGUAGAAUUUGUUAUUCACCUUCUAAUAAUCUUCUAACCCAAGGCUGCAUUGGAAAUAAUACUGAUGUACAAAUUUGUAACAGAGGAAAUUGUUCACAAUCAUGUUUUGUAAACACAAGCAUAGUCUGCUCUAAUGACUCUCUGUUAGUUAAUCCUGAUGACUUAAAACAAGUAAUACAAGACACAGCACAAGUGAUACAAGGUGUAAACAACACAAUGGCAUGGUGGGCAAUGGCUGUUCAAAACUCUUAUUUUGCCAGUUGCAAUCCGAAUGACUACUACUAUCUUAGGUCAAGAAUAAACAACGACAUAAGUUUUGUGACAACAAAUAUCAAUAAUGUUUUUUCGUUCAUCAACAUAGCAAAUUAUAUUGUUGCUUGUAGCAAUGACUCAUUAAUUCAACAAAGCCUCUUAGAUUUCUGUGGUACAGCUGUUAGCCAAUAUGCUUUUGUAAAUGCAUCACUGUUUCAACUUCAAAGUUAUUAUGCACUAAUUAAUUCAACAAUUCAAAAUUGUAAUGGUGCUGUAUAUCAGUGGACUUCAUGGGAAGCUUGGACUCCAUGCUCUUUUUCAUGCAAUGGUGGGUAUGCUUUGAGAUAUAGAUCUUGCAAUAGAGUAAACACAACAAUAGCUUGCUAUGGAGCCUGCAUAGGCUGCGAUGGUGAUUCUUAUGAAUUUAAAGUAUGCAAUACACAAAGAUGUAGCAAUGUGUUAUGCGAUAUUUUGAAAAAUGUGGAUUGCUCAACAGUUUCUAAAUCUGGUCUCGAUCCAUCUAAACUUUUGAAUGUUUCUUCUGUAAAUAAUGUUAUAAGUGAAAUUUCAGUCUGGCCAUUCCUUAUUACAGACGAACUUUUUGAAAGUUGCAAUCUAGACACUUUAGUUGAUCAGUUGACUAAGCUAAAUAAGCAAAUGGCAAUGGCAUAUUCUGCACGCAACAAUACUUUAGCACACCUUGAACAAAUCCGAGAUUUGAUUGUAUGCACUGCUAACAGCUUUGUACGACCAAGUUUAUAUGAUGUGUGCUUAGAUGCAGCUCAACAAGACACAGUUCUUAAUGCAAUUGUCAACCAACUUACUUUAUAUGCUCAACAGUAUCAAACAGCUAUAGAUGCUUGCAAAAGUUGUGGAUUUGCGUGUUCGAUAAUUGAUUCAUUUAUCCAAGUAUUUUUUAAAAGUGGAAUGUAACAGAAAGCAAGUAUCGUAACAGCACGUUUGAGUUUCAUAACGGAUUUUUUUGUUAUCACAAUCUACUAAAUUUUUAACAAUGAUUGUAUUUUAUAAUGAUAAUUGCAUGUUUAUUUAAUAUAGUUUAAAAAACUA